GGGCGGGCGUUCUACACCCCGGGGCCACAGAGACGGCCCCAGGUUUCCCUAGAUCCGCUCACAGCGCCCUGGCCUGAGAAAUGGUUUCCGCUCCUCGGGCAUCAUUUCUUAUGGGUAUGUUGAUUGGGAGCAUUUCCUGGGCUUUGGUAACUAAUCUUACCCAAAUCCACAUUCGACUCGGGGGUCAGACUCGAGACCACAAACACCGUCCCCUUAGGCCACCUAACGGAAAAGAGGUCUUCAGGCUCUCACAAGUGACACGCGCGGAACUCAGCAGAAGUGUACGCGUUGUUUGCAUCAUCCUCAGAGGACCCGAAGACGACAGCUACUGGACUACGCUGAGGGAGACUUGGCCCAAACACUGCGACCAGGCAGAGCCCUACGGGGCGAAGAGCGAUCGUUUGUCCAAUGCAGGAAGAGAUGACAGGUGGGAACACAUGAGGGACACUUACAAAGACGUCUUUGAGAAGUACGGGGACAGCUUCAAGUGGUACUUCCUGGCACUUCCCACCACGUUCGCGGUCAUUGAAAAUUUGAAGUACUUCCUGCUGACCAAGGAUGCAGCGCAGCCUUUCUAUCUGGGCCACACCGCUACCUCUGGAGACCUCGAGUACGUGACCGUGGAAGGCGGAAUUGUCUUAAGUGUAGAGUCGCUGAGGAGGUUCCACGGGCUUCUCAAUCAGUACGACGUGUGUGCGAAUCGAAGCGUGAUUUGGAAUUUAUCCUUCGAUAAGCGGCUGGCAAUCUGCCUGAGAUACGCCGGUGUUUUUGCAGAACACGCGGAGGAUUACGAAGGGAGAGAUGUAUUUAAUACAAAACCAAUUGUAGAUCUUAUUCAAGAGGCGAUGCGUAAUAACCCUCAGCAAGUGGUAAAAGGCUGCUGUUCUGAUAUCGCUAUUACUUUUAAUGGACUGACUCCCCAAAAGAUGGAAGUAAUGAUGUAUGGCGUCUACCGGCUCAGGGCAUUUGGACAUUAUUUCAAUGACACACUGGUGUUCUUGCCUCCAAAUGGUUCAGAAAAUGACUGAAGGAUGGCAAAUACCAGGACGGUGCUGUUCAAGGACACCUGAAAUGUGACUAGUCCAAAUUAACAUGUGAUGUGAAUGCGAAAUGCACACUUCAUUCAAUAACACCUCAUUAUUAGAAGCCUGGAUAGUAUGAAAGUGUAAAACAUCUGGAGUCUGGAGUAAUUUUUUAUGCUGACUCCACAUUGAAAUAUUUUGGAUAUGUUGCAUUAAAUUACCAUUAAAGUUAA